AGCUGAGAGAAACGGAACGCAGCCCACGCUUUGGUGGUGUCUCACUUUAAACCCUCCGUGCGGAAACAACAUCCUCCUCCGCGAGUCUCGCCCGCUGGCUGUCAUUCGUCCGCGCGGAGCAGCCGGAGUGGAGUAGCACGAGCCGCAUGUAAAUGAACACCUCCACCUGCGGAUCCGUCCGGACCGAGCCGUCCCCCUCCUCUGCGAGCUGACCUUUACCGUGUGCUGCGGAGAGAACAUCGGUUAAACGACUCUUCACCGGCUAACAGCCGCCGACCCCCGCUGCAUACACGGUGUGUGCCUCUCUGACGCCCCCUGCUGACCAUGCAGAGUGUGUGUGCGCUGCUCCUGGCGCUCGCCGCCGCCGCCGCCCUCAGCUCUGUGGACUCGGACGCACACAGACCGAGACACGACUCCAACCUGGAGAUCUACAAGCGUCUGUUUGAGACGAAGAGGAAAGAUCAGCUGAACGCGCUGAAGAACCUCGUGGAGCUGAACGACAUCAACCAGCAGUACAAGAUCAUCGACAUCAUGCUGAAAGGACUCUUUAAGGUGUUGGAGGAUUCCAGACAAGUCCUGAUCGCCGCCAACAUGCAGCCGGACGACCCGUUCCCCAUGGACGAGAAAAUCAAAGAAGCGUAUUCCCACGUGGUGGAGAACACAGCGUUUUUCGGCGAUGUGGCGCUGCGGUUCCCUCGUAUCGUCCACCAUUACUACGACAGGAACCCGGACUGGGGCGGCCUGCUGCGCUGGGGACUGACCUUCUGUAACCAGACCGGAGUUUUUACUGGAGGAGCUCAUCAACACGUCCUCACACUCAUGUCACAGGAGUUGGGAAUAAUCGAGAAAGCCCCGGACUUCACCAACCCGUACCGCACGGAGAGAGACGAUGUGCUCCACACGGCCGAGGCCUUCCAGAAGAUUCUGCGCGAGGAGGAGAAGAGGAGGAGGAAAGAGGAGAAGAGGAAAGAGAUCAGGAAAGGGCCUCGUAUCUCCCGCUCCCGCACCGAGCUAUAGCGCCGCACCGACGCACUCGUGCAGCGAGAGGAGACGACGAGGGAGGAGCUACAAAACGCACAGUCCAACGAGAGGCGGCUCGACUUGCAGACGCCGGGGACGGUGAAAGCUGUCGUCGCGUGUUUGAAAGCCAGGCGCUCUCUAAGACGCCUCAAAGUGACGCAGAAGGUUAGUCGCUUUCUGCAGUGAUUUAUAACCAACAGGAAGUGAACGCCGUCUGCGGAGAGGGGCGGAGCUGAUUUUUGAUACCUUGAAGUUAUUUAAAUGUACUUUGGAUUAAAAUGAAUUUAGUGGAAUAAAAGUUGCUUCAAAUCUUUUCCCAGGA